CUGAAGAUAUCUUCAUACCAUUUUGCAUACGUCACUUUGUUGUAGUUAGGUUUUAUUCUAAAUCCAUCUCAACUUUACCAGGAAAAGUGCUUUAAUUUCUGAAACCUUUGCCGUUUUUCAAGUACGGAAGCAAUUUUCUUUUAAAAAUGGCUACUAUUGUUCAGCAUCCACCGUCAAUCUCUAUCUGCUCAUCGAUACCACAAAUUACUUCCGACAUCAUCAGCAAACCUACGAACACGUCUUCGGCAUGCAAGACGAGAUCCCAGACGAAUUCCAAUCUUCACAAACUAAAACGCAAGAGCGUCUCCCGAAACACGAACUCUACGGAGCCCGCAUCAGCGGCCGGUCCAGGAGGAGAGAAAGGCGGGAGCGUUGCUAAGGCGUCGGCCGUGCGGACGGCACCGAAGGAGAAGGAACCCCAUCUCGUACAGCGGAGGAAUGCGAGGGAACGUCGUCGCGUCCAGCUCGUCAAUGACGGUUUCAUUCGAUUACGACGAAAGAUCCCCACCGAACCUAGGAACAAGAAACUCUCCAAAGUCAAGACGCUUCGAUCAGCCAUCAAUUAUAUACUCCAUCUUCAACAGAUGAUCACAGAAUCAGACUCACAACAACAGAGGAUGGUAGAGUUUGGUGGUCAUCAUCAGCCUCAUCAUGGACAUCACCAGGCGGCUAGCUACGGCUUAGGGAUGAGUGGGCUUAUCCCUGGUCAUCCGGGGCCUCAUCCUCAAAUGCCGCCUCCACCAGCAAGCGGAGGCUAUGAGUGGGACCAUUACGCAGAAAAUCAAACCAUGGCGAAUGGUUAUGACUAUCCGCAAGAGGCCCAGGGUGGAUACUACUACUAAACAAUUCACAUGCUAGACGUCGAACCUCCGUGAGAGAAAGUGCAAGGACUCUCCAAGUUC